AUGCAAAAUGUUGCAGCAGAGGUCUUUUCAAAUGAAUGUUUCUUUAAAGGUCACGUUGAAAUGCUUCCAGGUGAUAAACUUCACAUUAUAAUUACAGGAGACAAAUCAUUGCAAAGCUUUAUAAAAGAUGAUCAAAAAAGAUCUCAUGAAAUUUGGACUUCAUUUAUUGAAUGGAAAGAAAGAAGAUUAACCAAAACGCCACCCUUUACAAAUCUGUCAAAAAUUACAUUUAAAGGUGUUCAUUAUGAAUAUGAUCCAGAUAAUAAAACAGCUAUUAUAGAAGGCGAAGAUGGGUGCAUACCUGUACUAUAUUCUUAUAUAUUAGAAGUAAUUGGAAUUACUGGAAGUUUUAUUGAUUCUGGAUGUUAUGGACAAUGUAAUGGAAAAUUUUUUGAUGCACCAGAAUUGAAUUCAAUAAUCAUUAAAGGAAAUAUUGAAUAUAUUGAUGGUCCUGGUUUUACACGAGUUUAUGUUUUUCAUGAUGAACUUUCAUAUGGAACACAUUACUAUGGUGCUAAUGUUAAAACAUUAGAUUUCAGCCAAUCAAAAAUCAGACAGUUAAAAAUAGGCUAUACCAUACCGCAAAACUUAAGGAAGAUAAUUCUACCUCAAUCACAGGUUCUAAUUGAUUGUGAAUUCCCUGAGUUUCUCAAAAUUGAUAUUGAAAACAAACAUUAUCUUUCGAUAUCAAAGAUUGAAGAAAUUACAUUGGAAUCCAAAGACCCUCUUCCAUUUUACCAGAGACAUAUGAGUGGUCUUUUCGCAACCGGUGCUGUUAUCAUCCUUAUCCUCAUUGUAUUGAUUAUUGUGGCAUCCAAGAAAAAAUAA